ACACGGCCGGAAGGCGCGGCCCGGCAGCUCUCUAUGGUUGCCCGCGGUGGGUAGCGCGCCGCCGCCGCCGCCUCGCCUCGCCCCCGCCCGCGCUGCACGCCGGGACACGGCCGGUCCUCCCUCCUUUUCUCCCUCCCUCCUUGCCGCGCGCCCCGAGCCUGCGCCGCGCCGACAUCCGCGUUGUCCCAAGAUGGAGGCGCGGGGCUCGCGCUGAGCGCGGCCCGGCCGACACAGGAGCAGGAGCAGCAGACGCGCCCGCCCGGCCCGGCCCGCCCGCCUCGCCUUCCCCGCCCCGCCAGGCCGCGGCUCCGGCGGCAGCAGCAGCAGCGGCGGCGCCUCCUUCUCGCCCGCGGCCCGGCCCCGAGUGCGGCGCGGCCCCCGCAUGAGCCCGGGCGGCAGCGGCGGCGGGAGCGGCCGGGAGCAGCAGCCGAGGCGCCCAGGUUGAGCCUGCUUCCCUGUAUUAUGCAAACUGCUGAAUGGAGGAAGGGGGUGGAAGUCAGUCUUUACCGAUACUCUUUCCAUUACCGUCCUGCAUGGUUCUUUACCCAUGUUUUACAGUGGUGAAGAAUUAGGAGAAGCUGCAGUUGUUCUGCUGAGUGGAACUAAAUGGGUGGCUUCCUUCUGGACCCUCACUUCACUAUCUUAGGUACAAGAACUGUAGAAGUCCAUUUUAGAAUUUGAAAGAACAAGAUUCUGCAGCUCUGGAAAGAUAUGCCAUGGAAGUAAUCAGCUGGGGUGGUCCCAGGGCGCUCUGGGCACGAGUAUUGCUGAGUGAUCAUUGGCUGCCACCUGCGUGACAAAGUAAAGGACCAACCCUUCAAUUUAUACCAGUGGAGCCAGAUCACGGGAAACAAUUGACAGAAUUGUUAAGCUUAUGCUUAGCCCAGCGUGAUAGAGGACUGGUUCGACAGCUCGGUUUUGAUCAGUGACUCAAAAUUGUGAUCACCCUGAUGUCACCGAAUGGCCACAGCUUGUAAAAGAUCACCAGGAGAACCACACUCUGAGAACAUUGAAACUAGCCGAAUGAAGCGAGCAGCUGCAAAGCAUCUAAUAGAGCGCUACUACCACCAGUUAACCGAGGGCUGUGGAAAUGAAGCCUGCACGAAUGAAUUUUGUGCUUCCUGUCCAACUUUUCUCCGUAUGGAUAACAAUGCAGCAGCCAUUAAGGCCCUCGAGCUUUAUAAGAUUAAUGCAAAACUCUGUGAUCCUCAUCCCUCCAAGAAAGGAACGAGCUCAGCUUACCUAGAAAACAAUUCCAAAGGUGCCCAUAACAAUUCCUGCACUGACAGAAAAAUGAACAAGAAGGAAAUGCAAGGCCCAAGAGAUGACUUUAAAGAUGUGACCUUCCUAACAGAAGACAAGAUAUAUGAAAUUCUUGAACUAUGUCGAGAAAAAGAGGAUUAUUCCCCUUUAAUCAGGGUGAUUGGGAGAGUGUUUUCUAGUGCUGAAGCACUGGUACAGAGUUUCCGAAAAACCAAGCAGCACACCAAGGAGGAGCUCAAGUCUCUUCAAGGAAAGGAUGAAGACAAAGAUGAAGAUGAAAAGGAAAAAGCUGCCUGUUCGGCUGCUGCUAUGGAAGAGGAUUCUGGUGCAUCAUCAUCUUCGUCAUCAAGAAUAGGUGAUAACACACAGGGCGAUAAUAACCUCCAAAAACUAGGCCCAGAUGAAGUGUCUGUAGAUAUUGAAGCAGUCAGACGGGUCUAUGAUAGGUUACUUUCUAAUGAAAAAAUAGAAACUGCCUUUUUAAAUGCACUUGUGUACUUGUCACCUAAUGUGGAAUGUGACUUGACUUACCAUAAUGUGUACUCUCGGGAUCCUAACUAUCUGAAUUUGUUUAUUAUCGUUAUGGAGAAUGGCAAUCUUCAUAGCCCAGAAUAUCUGGAAAUGGCUCUACCAUUGUUUUGCAAAGCAAUGAGCAAACUACCCCUUGCAGCUCAAGCAAAACUGGUCAGAUUGUGGUCUAAGUACAGAGCAGAUCAAAUUCGGAGAAUGAUGGAAACAUUUCAGCAGCUUAUUACUUACAAAGUCAUAAGCAACGAGUUCAAUAGUCGUAACCUAGUGAAUGAUGAUGAUGCUGUUGUUGCUGCUUCAAAGUGCUUGAAAAUGGUUUACUAUGCAAAUGUAGUAGGAGGGGAUGUGGAUACAGAUCAUAAUGAAGAGGAAGAUGAAGAACCCAUCCCAGAAUCAAGUGAACUAACUCUUCAAGAGCUGUUGGGUGAGGAAAGAAGAAAUAAAAAAGGUCCUCGAGUAGACCCACUGGAAACUGAACUUGGUGUUAAAACUAUAGAUUGCAGAAAACCACUUAUCCCUUUUGAAGAAUUUAUUAAUGAACCACUGAAUGAUGUUCUAGAAAUGGACAAAGACUACACUUUCUUCAAAGUAGAAACAGAGAAUAAAUUCUCAUUUAUGACCUGUCCCUUCAUAUUGAAUGCUGUUACCAAGAACCUGGGAUUGUAUUAUGACAAUAGGAUCCGGAUGUACAGUGAGAGACGCAUAACUGUGCUCUACAGCUUAGUUCAAGGGCAGCAGCUCAACCCCUACUUGCGGCUGAAAGUGAGGCGCGAUCACAUCAUCGACGACGCGCUUGUCCGGCUAGAGAUGAUUGCCAUGGAAAAUCCUGCAGACUUGAAGAAGCAAUUGUAUGUUGAAUUUGAAGGAGAGCAAGGGGUAGAUGAAGGAGGUGUUUCCAAAGAAUUUUUUCAACUGGUUGUGGAAGAAAUCUUCAAUCCAGAUAUCGGGAUGUUCACAUAUGAUGAGUCUACAAAACUGUUUUGGUUUAAUCCGUCCUCAUUUGAAACUGAGGGUCAGUUUACCCUGAUUGGCAUAGUACUGGGACUGGCUAUUUACAACAACUGUAUACUGGAUGUACAUUUCCCCAUGGUUGUCUACAGGAAGCUAAUGGGCAAAAAAGGAACUUUCCGUGAUCUGGCAGACUCUCAUCCUGUUUUGUAUCAGAGUUUGAGAGACUUACUGGAGUAUGAAGGAAGUGUGGAAGAUGAUAUGAUGAUUACGUUUCAAAUAUCUCACACGGAUCUCUUUGGCAAUCCAAUGAUGCAUGAUUUAAAGGAAAAUGGUGAUAAAAUUCCUAUCACGAAUGAAAACAGAAAGGAAUUUGUCAAUCUGUAUGCUGACUAUAUACUCAAUAAAUCAGUAGAAAAGCAGUUCAAGGCCUUUCGGAGAGGAUUCCACAUGGUGACCAAUGAAUCUCCUUUGAAAUAUUUAUUUAGACCAGAGGAAAUUGAAUUACUUAUUUGUGGAAGUAGGAAUUUAGAUUUUCAAGCACUAGAAGAAACUACAGAAUAUGAUGGUGGCUAUACAAGAGACUCUCUUAUAAUUAGGGAAUUCUGGGAAAUAGUCCAUUCAUUUACAGAUGAACAGAAAAGACUAUUCUUACAGUUUACAACAGGCACAGACAGAGCCCCUGUGGGAGGACUUGGAAAGUUAAAGAUGAUCAUAGCCAAAAAUGGCCCAGAUACAGAGAGGUUACCUACAUCUCACACAUGCUUUAAUGUACUUUUGCUUCCGGAGUACUCAAGCAAAGAAAAGCUUAAAGAAAGAUUACUGAAGGCCAUCACAUAUGCCAAAGGAUUUGGCAUGCUGUAAUAAGUAUAACAAAAGGGAUUUAAAAAUGAUGGUGAUGAUGUCCCUGUCCAAAAAGGCCAUAAGAUAGUGAGCUACAGUAGUCACCUGUGUUUGUGCCUCCCUUCUUUACUGGGGACAUUGGGCUGGAACAGCAGAUUUCAGCUGCUUAUAUGAACAAAAUCUUUAUUUUUUCUUUUAGCGUGAAAGUGUUACAUAUUCUUUCACUUGUAUGUACAGAGAGGUUUUCCUGAAUAUUUAUUUUAAGGGUUAAAUCACUUUUGCUUGUGUUUAUUACUGCUUGAAGUUGAGCCUUUUUGAGUAUUUACAAGAAAACAAACUGUACUCUCCCAAGGAAAAUAUUGCCAUCAUUUGUAGACCAUGUAACCUUCAAGUAUGUGCUAUAUUUUUGUCCCUGUAUCUAAUCAAAUCAAGAACUGUACUUUUUGAAGAGUUUGCUUUUGAAACUUGAAGUCUUGAAAAACAGUGUGAUGCAAUUACUGCUGUUCUAGCCCCCAAAGAGUUUCUGUGCAAAAUCUUAAGAAUCAAUAAAGAUGGAAGGGAGAACUUGGAAUGUUAAAUUGCAGCCUUGAGAACUUUACUUUAGUCACAGCACAACAAUUAAAAUUCAUUUCACUAUAUGUUGUCUUCACAUGUCUUGUAAUAAACUGUGUUUUUAAUUAGGAAACAUUUCUUAGCAUAUGAAAGGGUAGAAAUUUUAGUUACUUUUUUAAAAAAGAAGUUUACUGGGGAAAGUGCAUUUUCAACUGAACAGCUUUAGAGUAGGGAGUGAAGUGUCUGGAAAAAUAUAGGAAGUUUUUGCUAUAUUAUAAACAAAGCAUGUGGAAGUGCACUUAAAAUGAAGUUCUAUUCUUAAUUGCCUAUUAUGUUGACAUUUAAAAUAGACAAUCCAAAGUCUUCCCUACAUGUUAUGUCAUCAUCAUUUAUUUAAUGAAUCAUUUUUCCUAUCUUAUCAAGGCACAUGAUCAGUGUUGCACCAUAGUCUAAAGGGAUGGCUACUGUAUUUUAAUCUCAUCUAACAAUAAGCAAAAUUGAACAAUAUUAAACGUGAGGCCUACUUCAUGUUGUACACUUCCAACCAUUAAAUAAACUGUUAGAAAGUAAGUACUAAGGUUAUGUUCAUCUACUACAUAAAGUAUUCAGUAGGUUUUUAAUUUAACUCUACAAAUCAUAUCAGAAAUAAAUCCUUUACCUUUCUUA